UAAUGCCUAGUGCGCAUGCAUGCGUCCCAGCGCCAUACACCCAUUGCAUAUACCGGGCAUGUGGAACAAUGGCGGGUGGUCUAUCGGCGUACGUUUUCAACGAGCGAUUUUGGUUUCCAGCUAAUGUAACCUGGGCUGAUCUUCGUAGUACUGAAGAUGCGAGAUACCCACAGAUUGAAGAUAUCAAAUAUGUUGCGAUGCUUUCAAUCACCCUCGUAAUAAUAAGGUUAUGCUGCGAAAGGUUAAUAUUUUCCCCCAUUGGCGUUGCCAUGGGAAUUCGUGCCACCAGUGGAUACAAGCCAGAAGCUAAUCUCAUUCUGGAGAAAGCAUUCCUGUCUGUCACCCGCAACCCUGACCACAAGAGACUAGAGGGAUUGAGCAAGCAACUAGAUUGGUCAGUACGCCGUGUUGAGCGCUGGUUCCGAAGGCGGAGAAACCAAGAACGACCUUCACCACUCAAGAAGUUUACUGAGAACUCUUGGCGGUGUGCAUUCUACUCCUUUGUCUUUCUCUAUGGGAUUCACUACCUCCCACAAGAGGAUUGGUUCUGGACCUCCAAGGGCUGUUGGAUCAAUUUCCCCUAUCAUGCCCUCACACCCCCUCUCUUCAACUACUACUUGUUAGAGUGGUCAUUCUACAUAUCCUUGCUCAUGUCUGUCUUCACAGAUGUCCGUAGAAAGGAUUUCAUUGCCAAUGUGGUGCAUCAUAUUGCCACUGUGAUGUUGAUAUUCUUCUCUUACAUCUGCAACUUCACGCGCAUAGGGUCUCUUGUCAUGGUCAUCCAUGAUGUUUCAGAUAUCUUUCUGGAGGGUGCCAAGAUUACCAACUAUGCGGGAUUCGUCAUUGUGGCACACAUACUUUUUGUAAUAUUCACUGUGGUAUUUUUUGUCACCCGCGUGCUGUUGUUUCCUUAUUGGAUACUAGGCAGUAUAAUCAUUGAUAGUCAUACAUUGAUUGGAGCAUAUCCCUCCAAGUAUUUCUUCAUGGCAUUGCUGUGUGUACUGUACAUACUUCAUCUCUACUGGUUCAGUAUUAUCCUAUCAAUGGUGUACUGUGGCCUUAAGAAUGGCAAGCUGGAAAAUGAUUCCCGUAGUGACGUAGCUGAAGACACAAACACCGAGAGUUCUGGAGAUGAUAAGCUUGCCAGGAAAAAUGGGGCAAAGACAAACUCUGCCCAAGGAAACUGUGUGGCCAAUCACCAUUAAGAAGAGCAAGCAGUUUGACAUGUAAGGUACACGUAUCUUGAUUUCUCAUAACUUGAGAAGAUCAUUUUGCCUAAAGCUUGUUAUCAUAACCUGGGUUUGUUUUGGUUUUUUUUUACUAGCUAUGAAAAAUCAUGGCUCCAUUCUUGUAAUUGUUGUAUACAUGAAGUACAGUUGGUCAAAGCUCUGUGAAUUGAGCAGUAUUUGUUAAAGUGUUUACAUAUCGGUUGUUCUACUGUUAAGAUAAAUAAGAUAAUAAAUGUAUUGGACAAGAUUUUAAUUUUCUGUUUUUUAAUUGGGCCACAAAUUCUGUUUGAUGUCGUGAUAUCAGACAGGAGGCAGGUCCACACGUGAAACUUCUGUUUUCACGAAUAUGAGAAUAAGUCCUUUCCAUUGUACUCGUUGUUAAUCCCUAGGACAUUGUUGUAUUAAGCCAUAGAUGUAUGCUAUAUUAAUUGGAGAUCAUCAUACCUAUAUGUGAAGGCUUAUGGUUUAUUGGGAUUCUUCUGUGAGUCUUUGUUCUUUUAGGUUUGUUUUGUGCUGAAGUGUGUUUCAAGGGAGAGGUAUUUAGAAUUUAUUUAACUUUGAACUCACCGUGCAUGCAUCAACCAUAUCAGUUCAGUGUAUUCUGAAGCAGUACAUACAUGUAAAUUGAACAAGGACAAACUGCAGUGAUGUGUAAUGAAAAGUGUGUGAUUGUCCAUUUUGGCCUCCAAUGCUUAUACAGUAGAGGUAUUUAUUUCACAUGCUACGCUUUGCUGUUAAAAAUUCCAGCUUAAAUAGAAAGGUUUUCGGUAAUUAGUUCAAUUAUGUCUUAUGUUGGACUGAAGCCAUACUGUUCCCGAGGUACUUCAGAAAUGUCAAAAGGUACUCGUCAACAAAAUUUGAUUAUAUCAACACUGGUAACUAUAAUAAAUCCGAGUUUCUGUGAAUGAAAUUGAUUAGUGUAUAAAAAAGUGUCUAAAAAUGUAAGAUGACUGUCUGGCAUGUCAUCUAAGUGAUGACUGUCUGGCAUGCCAUCUAAGUGAUGACUGUCUGGCAUGCCAUCUAAGUGAUGACUGUCUGGCAUGUCAUCUGAGUGUUAAGCUCAUUUUGCAACAUCUAUAUUCACCCUUUGCAGUGAUGCAGCUUUUAUUUUUGUAAUGUUUCCGUUUUUGUUACUUCAGAGGUUGGAAUCAGUACUUCACGCUUUAACUGUUUCCAUUUCUAUUUUGUUGUCGACAUUGUUUUGAAACUUCAAAAGGUUGAGAGGAAAACAAUCAUUUAAGGAUCAAGUGUCAAAUGUGAUGCCGUGUUCAGCAAUAUUUGCAUAAAUACAUAUAUUUCUUUUUUAUAAAUAAUGCCACAAGGCUGCAUUUAACCAGUAAAUGUCAUUCUCGAUAACACUCCAAUUGACUUCACCACAGUUUUUGCUUUAAAAGAAAAUAACCUCAAUGCUGCUAACUUGACCAGUGGCAGGUUCGGUGUUGUACUACAUAUGGGUACAGUAGCUACCCUUUGCACCUGUAUUGUUGAUGGUAUGCACACAGUGCCCUGAAUGUUGCCUAGGUUUGUUUCUAUAUCAAUUUGUCUUUGUCCUCGGUCUGUAGAUAGUCACAUGUACAUGUAGGUAGUAAUGAGUAAUUCUGCUUUUUGCUGGAGAAAAGGCCUACACAGAUCAUUGCACAUUGUUGUGUCCAAGCAUUACCGAUCACAACUUUUUUAAUACCGCCCUCUUGUGAUGUUUUUAGUCACAUAAAACUUUCUAUAGCAUCUUCACGUCAGUUUUCAAAUCCUGCUCAUGUAACAAAAGGUAAGAUGGACCUAAGACAGAGAUUUCAAGUGGGAUCAAAUUAACAGGUUAGGGUCUGUUAAAAUGUACAAUAAUGUCAUGAAUUUCCAGUCACAGUUAAUUGGCAAAACUUACCGAAUGAAACCAAACUAGAAAUGUAUAUGAUAAUGUAGCUCCGCCUUCACUUGCCUGAUUUUAUUCAUGACCAAUUUAGCGGCACGUGUGUGUGUGUGAGAUAUAUUAAAACCUGGGUAUUAUUAGAUGAUGUGUUAGAUAGCUGGGGUUAAUUUGAUCCAGAGUGUGUAAACAUUUGAUGUGUUGUUUCACUCUGUCUUUGUCGAUACUACGUUCUAUUUCCUUCGACUUUCUGGUAGUCAUCUUCUGUACAGUAAUCAAUGUGAUACAAUGUAAGGAAUUGUUGACUUCAAGUUCUAUGUUCACUUAAAUUGUGUAAAGGGUUGCAGAUAAUGUCAUGUAACAUAGUGGUAGAAUAUUUGAAUGUAUUUAGAUUCUUUAAUAUUAACAUAUCGUAUUGUAAAAGAAGAGAUACAGUCGUGUGAAGUGUCUGCUGAACUGAAAACCUCCACAGAGCAGUUCAGAAUGCUUGGCCUUGGUUUGCCAACAAAUUACUGUUGACGUCAUCCCCACCGGGGUGAACCGUCCAAAGCAGUUUAAACCACGGUCACAUUUGAACCCCAGGAUUUGGUCUCUGCUUUUACAAAACGAGAAAAUGAUGAUUGUAUCUUACAAAAUCAAACAAAAAUGUACACCCGUGUUGGAUUUUGCAUCUGAAAUAUCUGUUGUUCAUGCCUUGGAUUUUCAGGUCUUUUUACACAGCUGUUCUGUCAAUGUUGCUGGGCUGUCUUGUUUGACAACAGCGCCCGCAUGCGAGAGUUGAUGUUUUCUUUUAACCAAAACGUCCGUGUAUGAAUGUAUAGGAAACUCUAGACGCUUUAACAGCAUUGGCAAAUCCAGUUGCGGAAUUUUGAAUGUUAACUGCCGUCUUUGAGUAGUCCACUUAUUUUGCCUACGCGGCAGUGGGCGUUUACGCGAUGGUUAUGAGUGACUGUAACCGACCACCGUAAGUUGUCAUUUGGUGCACUCACAGGUACAAAUGGAGGAAUCUGCCUGUGGAAGUUCUGAAUCCAAAUUUCAUUUCAAUGUAACAGUGAUUAAUAAAACGCUGAUUGUGAAAUCUUUUGUUUGUAAGACGAGUCCUGCACUAAACACUGUAAUGUUGAUUCAGCGUUUCAUUUGCAAGUGUACUCAUGCUAGGGAGAAUGCCACAGUUUCUAGAGUUUGCAGAGUCAUUGAAUGGGCUCUUGUCAUAGACGUAGAAGCAUUGAAAUGACAGAGAUAUGAGAAACAUCCGUUUAAGUUAAUUGUAUGCUUUGACCUCACAUGGGUGUAAAGUUAACCCGUGUAUUUAAUACAUGUAUGAUGUAUCUAACUUAUAACUUCGUUUUGUAUGUUGUGACAAUGUACGAUCUUCGAGUUGCUGACGAGGAAGCAUUAAAUGUUAUUGUAGAAUUACGAA